CUCUUUAUAUAUGCAAAAUCCCAUCACACCUUCCAAUCACACAAAAAAUGGAGAAAAUUCAUCACAAUUAUGUGAAUGUAAGAGGACUCAAGCUUCACUUUGCAGAAAUUGGAACAGGUCCUGUAGUAGUAUUUCUACAUGGAUUCCCUGAGAUAUGGUACUCAUGGAGGCAUCAAAUGAUAGCAGUGGCAGAUGCAGGAUUUCGAGCCAUAGCUCCUGAUUUUAGAGGCUAUGGUUUGUCAGAGUUGCCUACAUAUCCCGAGUUAACGACAUUCAAGGACCUUGUUGAUGAUUUACUUGAUAUGAUUGAUUCAUUAGACAUCCAUAAGGUAUUUCUUGUGGGGAAGGAUUUUGGAGCUAGAGUAGUUUUCCAUUUUGCACUCCUACACCCUAAUAGAGUUUUAGCACUUGCAACACUUGGUGUCCCAUUCCUUCUCACUGGUCCAGGAACAUUUCCUCAAGAUCUCCUUCCAAAAGGUUUCUAUGUGUUGAGAUGGCAGGAACCAGGGCGAGCUGAAGCGGACUUUGGGCGUUUUGAUACAAAAACAGUAGUUAAAAACAUUUAUAUAUUAUUCUCUGGAAGUGAAUUGCCAGUAGCAAAGGAUGAUGAAGAAAUUAUGGACUUGGUUGAUCCUUCUACACCAUUACCUGCCUGGUUUACUGAAGAAGAUCUUGCAAACUAUGCAUCUCUUUAUGAAAACUCAGGCUUCCAGACUGCACUGCAGGUGCCUUACAGGGCUUGGCUAGAAGAAUAUGGAGUUGAAGAUAUCAAAAUCAAAGUUCCAUCUUUGCUUGUGAUGGGGGAGAAGGAUUAUGCCCUUAAGUUUGGUGGAUUUGAGCACUUUAUUUCAAGUGGAAUGGUGAAAGAGUAUGUACCUAAUCUUGAAAUCACAUUCUUACCAGAAGGAAGCCAUUUUGUCCAAGAGCAGUUUCCUCAACAGGUCAAUCAGUUGAUCAUCAACUUCCUCAACAAGCUCGUUUGACGAAAAUGAGUCGAAGCAAUGCUUUUCCCUCUUUGAAUUUGAAUGCUGAUCACAUUUUCGACAUAUCUCUACUUGUAUGUUGAUCAAUAAGCGAGGCAACGGUUUUGGAUGCCUCGGUUCUACAUUAUGUUUCCACAGA